CACCAAUCCCAUUUUAUAAACCCUUCUCUUUCAUUUCCAAUCCAAAACAACAAACCAAAGCCAAUUAGAAUAUAGAAUUCAAAAUUUUAGACUAAUCUUUCACAAACCCAAAUUAAGGAAAAACAAAAAUGGAAUCUGUAAUUGCAGAGCUAGAAGGCACUCUAUUGAAGAGCUCUGAUGUAUUCUCCUACUUCAUGUUGAUGGCUUUCGAGGCCUCCGGUUUGAUCCGGUUCGCGCUGUUGCUGUUGUCGUGGCCAAUCAUACGCCUUCUCGAGGCAGUAGGGAUGGCGGAGUUGGGGUUGAGAGUGGCGACGUUUGUGGCGGUGUUCGGGGUUCGAAAGGCAGAGAUCGAGUCGGUUUCGAGGGCGGUUUUGCCAAAGUUUUUGAUGGAUGAUUUGGAUAUGAAUGUUUGGAGAGUGGCAAGCGGGUUUAAGAAACGAGUCGUGGUGACCAAAAUGCCACAGGUUAUGGUAGAGAGGUUUGUAAAGGAGCAUUUACUAGCAGACGAGGUCGUCGGAUACAAACUCGGGUUUAACCGAUUUGGGUUCGCGACGGGGCUUGUGAAGGGAGGAUUUGGUUCUGUUGUUGAAGAGAUUUAUGAGCUUUUUGAUUUGAGUAAUGGUGGAAGAAGGCCUAGUAUGGGUUUAGGAAGACCUUCAUCAUGUUCUUCCUUUUUGGAUCUUUGUGAGGAACAAAUGCACUCACCAUUAACAAUCGCCCAAAUUCGGGACCAUACUCCACGUCACCAAGAUCUCCGACCGUCACCGGUCAUCUUCCACGACGGCCGCCUUGUCAACCGCCCAACUCCGGCCACCGCCCUCAUAAUCCUCCUAUGGGUCCCACUCGGCAUAAUCCUCGCCAUCCCUCGAAUCUCCAUCGGAUUAAUUUUACCAAUGUGGGCCAUCCCCUACGUCACUCGCCUUUUCGGCGGCAAAAUCGUCAGAGGCCACCCCCCCCCGCCGAUCUCCGGCAACCCCACCGCCGCCACCUCCGGCGUACUCUUUUCUGCACUUCAUCGAACGUUAAUGGACCCCGUGGUCCUGGCCACCGUGCUCCGCCGCAAAGUCCCCGCCGUCACCUACUCCAUCUCCCGCCUAACCGAAAUCCUUUCCCCAAUCCCCACCGUUCGAUUAACCCGAAUCCGACAUGUCGACGCGGAGAAAAUCAAAAGAGAGUUAUCCAAAGGCGACUUGGUAGUUUGCCCCGAAGGAACGACGUGUCGGGAGCCGUUUCUCUUGAGAUUCAGCGCGCUAUUCGCGGAACUAACGGACAGGAUUGUACCGGUAGCGAUGAAUUACCGGGUUGGUUUUUUUCAUGCAACCACGGCUCGAGGAUGGAAGGGGUUGGACCCGGUGUUUUUCUUCAUGAACCCACGGCCGGUGUAUGAGGUGACAUUUUUGAACCAGUUGCCGGUCGAGGCGACUUGCUCGGCCGGAAAAAACCCACACGAGGUGGCGAAUCACGUGCAGAGGAUAUUGGCGGCAAGUUUGGGGUUUGAAUGCACAAAUUUUACAAGGAAGGAUAAAUAUAGAGUUUUGGCUGGGAAUGAUGGAUCGGUGUCCUAUGUCUCUUUGGUCGAUCAACUCAAGAAGCUGGUUGCCAAAUUCAAACCCCUUAUUCACCUUAGUUAAUAAUUGAAGGUUUGUAUCGAUUUGGUUUGGUUCGGUUUGUUCAUUGAUUUUAGUUUUGUGAGGUUUUUUUCCCUUCCAAAUUUGUUGUUUUUCUUUGUUGGAAUUUGGAUUCUUUUGUUUUAAA